AUGGAGAGACCCAAGAUGGGCUUAAGUACAUGGAACCAGCUGAAAGCCCAUAUUCUGUUGCAACGGGAGAAGAAGAAACAAGAAAUCGAGGCUGACCAAGCCAUCCAACAGAUGCGUCGUGAAAUGGAGCAAAAGAGAAAAAGGGACGCCAUGACUCUCGAGGAGAUCAAGGACCAGGUAGCUGCUUCGGAGAAAAAACUCCAACAGCUUCGCUCCGAGAAGCAAGAUCUCGUGUUACAACUGAAGAAAAUGUGGAACGAAGACGACGCGAAGCGAAAAAUGCAGCAGGAGCAGAUCAAUCAGCAACACAUGAUGCAAUUCGCUCAACAACAGAAGCUCCUGCAGGAAGCACAGCAUCAUUCGCAUCAAAGACCGGACAUACCCGGUCCUGUAUACAUUUCGGAUCAGCGUUACAUGACUAGCGCUCACCCGGGUUCAGGACACAAGGUGGCUACCCCGCAACCCCAUCGGCCUCCCCUAAAACGGCAUCAUUCGCCUUCGCCGCCCGUACCUUCGGCGGGACAGUACCCUACGAGUUACAACGCUUACAAAGCCAAUCCACGGUUUGCGACAUCAGCAGCGGUUUCCGCCGCACCGGGGUACCAACCGAAACUAGCUUCGGGGCCGUAUCCCUCGCCCUCACCCGUAUACUACGUAGCCGGCCAGCAGAAUCUCCAAUAUCCAUUCCCAAACCCCUACGGGGGCGAUAAGAUGGUGUACCAUCCCGGACAGCCGGGGGUUUUCGGCCCUCAGCAUAUGGUGGCCAUAACGUCCGUCCAAGAGCAGAAAAAGUACCAGGAGCAAGCUCAACUGCAAGCCGCCGUCGCGGCCCAGCGACAGCAAGCGGCCGCUGCUGCCGCGGCAGCUCGGAACGAGCACAAUAAGAGCGUUCCGACGUCAUCAGCAGCUGCGGCCAUUCAGCAUCAACAGAUGGUUGCGCAUCAGCUGGCGGCGGCAGCUCAACGUAGAGAGCGCGAACGUCAAGAGAGAGCUCAGACACCUCAUCGAGAUCACAAACAGCCGCCAACCUCGAGUCCCGCCGCUGUGGCAGCUUUCCAGCAACAGCACCAACUGGUUCAAGCUAUUCAGCACCAACAGCGAGCUCAAAUGGUGAGUUCCAGCACCACUACUACAGCCCCACUGGACAAGGAGGAACACGUCGGAAACGACAUUCCCUUUUGUCUCUUCCCGGGACACAAGUGCUCGGGGGGCCCGUAG